AUGAAAUUUUUAGUAAUUUUGGUUUUGUUUAGUUUAUCCUAUGCGGAUGAAAGUUUAAGUGAGGAAGGUGUGGAUCAUAGAGAUCUAUUACCUUUCUUGGAAUUUUGCAGAGAAAAACAUCUUAAUUUUGAACGGUGCUGGGAAUCUUCCAUAGAAGAUUUAAGAAAAAUUUUAAAAAAGGGUAGUGAAAAAUACUCCCUCAGAAGUGUAGAGGAAAUUCACUUAAACAACCAAUAUACAGAAAAAGUAGUGUCCAUGGUUGUUCGGAUUUCAGACUUGAUUUUAAAUGGUUUGGGAGAUUACUACAUCAAGAAUAUCAAUCUUAAAUCCAGCACCCCAGAAAUAGAAAUAGACGUUUCCAAAUUAAAACUACACGGUUACUAUAAUGUUAGUGGCAGCUUACUGAACUACCCCAUAUUACCCAUCAAUGGAAAUGGGACUAUACAUAUAAACAUGACUGAUUGUACCUUUAAGUCAAAAAUGACGCCAGAAAUCUACACAGUGGAAACCACGAGAAAGGUAAAAUUUACCAAGGCAGACGUAAAAAUGACUAUAGAUGGAGGAAAAAUAAGAAUCGAUGAUAGAGCUAAAAAAAUUCAAAAUUAUAUUGCUCCUCUAAAUUUUUUGCUCAACCAACACUUUGUCCAUGUCACUAAACAAUUGGUACCCCUGAUAGAAGAAACAGUGGAAUUUUUACUUCUAGAUGUUGGGGACCCAGACUAUCACAUCCCCAGUAUAGAACCCCUAUUUAUCGACAAUUUGAUGAGUGAAAAUUUAACGGACAUGCUUUUAAACGUCUCUAGUGUCAAAGCUUAUGGUUGUAGUGAAUACCAAAUAACCAAUAUACAUAUGGACUUUGACACAAUGGAUUGCAAUUUUGAUAUAGACAUUCCAGUUUUGCGUAUAGAGGCGGACUACAACAUAGAUGGAAAACUAAUUAUGAUUCCAAUAAAAGGAAAGGGCGUUUUUGACGCCAAUAUAACAAAUGUAGCUGCAAAGGCAUCUCUAAAUGGAGACUUAAUAAAUAAAAAUGGAGCAAACCAUUUACACUAUAGCACUAUCAACCUGAAAGUAAAGGUGGGAGGGGGAAAUGUCAAAAUGGAAACGUAUCAUUCUGAUAAAGUUUUCCGUAAGAAUAAAAAACAUAUCAUACUCUCUUGA